AUGCCUCCGAAACUCAAAGUUCUUGAAAACAAUGCCCGAAUUGAGCAACGCUUCAAGAGCGAGAUUUCCAGUUCCUUGGCAGCAGUUUUGAAGACGAAUCCGCGUAUGACACCAAAAGAAGCGAUGUGGUCCAUUGAACAGAAGAUGCUCGCCAAUAACCCGUACCAGCCCUUAGAGAACGGAAAAAGUCCCAUCGGCGACCUACCGGACGAGAUACUUACCCAUAUAUUUUCCUUGGGCGUUCGCAUGCAAGAGGAAGAGGAUAUGGACGGUUAUGACGAUGAUGAUGCAUGGGAGGAUGUGAGCACGGAUGAAGAAGAGGACGAAGAAGAGGACGAAGAAGAGGACGAGGAGAUGGAGACAGCAGAUGAUGCCGAAGUCACCUUGCCCGGGAAGGCACACGACUCAGACAGCGACAUGGACUCGCUCCUUGACUCGGAGUACGAUGGUUCGGAUGAAGACGACGAACUACGCAUCCCGUUCCAGGUUCUCGUCUCUCAUGUGUGCCGUCGAUGGCGCGAAGUUGUCCUGGAAGCACACGUUCUUUGGACCACCCUCCAGUUCAGCAACCGCCCGCGAUUGGAGAAGGCCCAAAUGUACAUAUCGCGCAGAGGUGAUCUCCCGUUGGACAUCUACAUUGACUGUACAUUCCCACCCGAUGUGGAUGAAGAAGACCACCCCGACCAUUCCCUUUAUCUCGAAAACAAGGCACGAAAAGGAUCUAGUGAAGAACCCACAUCCCCUCCCUCCGGUCUGGACAACGAAGACGAUGAUAGUCGCUUUCUCUCUCAAAGAGAGGUUUCUCGAAUUCUGGAUCUCAUUGAGCCAGAAGCGGCGCACUGGCGCACCCUUGACUUCCGUGCAAGCACGUACAGUUAUGUCCACCUCCUUCUUUCGCGACUGCAUAAGUUGCCACCUGCUCCAGCUCUCGAAUCAUUCCAGGUUUAUCAUUUUGAAGAUUGCGAGGAUUACGAAUUCUUCUCUGGAGACGAUAAGACACCAUUUUUGCCUUUCCAAGGAGAAGCACCCAAUUUGAAGGAGGCCAUUUUCUGGGGUGUGCACAUCGAUUGGGAGGAUUCCUUGCGAGCAUUCCUCCGUGAUUUGCGGGAGUUAGAACUCUCGUAUCACGCAAAGGAUGUCCGCCCAACCUACCCCGUUUUCCGCCAGAUUAUCCAAAAUUCACCCCACCUGCAGACUCUGACAUUAUCGCUGUCUGGACCAAUGCUAGCUGACGGAGUUGCUUUUGAUGACGAAGAGGCUUGGGGCCCUGAACCUCUUACAAUCCCUUCAGUCAAGGAUCUUGCGUUGCAGUUUCACACCCCAAGCUACGCCUCGGUUCUCGUUCAACAUCUUGAUCUGCCAGGGGUGCAAAAUCUUGUGCUCAACUUUGACCAGGAAGACUAUAGCGAGUUCGUGCGCGUACUUCUCAAGCCAGUCAAAGGGCGCACAGAAUCCUUGCUGCAGCACGUCGAGCAGCUGAAGAUUUCAGGGUUGCCUUGCAACGUCGCAAACGCCGAGGGCCUCCUUGGCCAACUAAAAGCAUUGAAGUCGUUCAACUUGAAGGUUGUCGGCCAAGAAGAGCAUGUCAUUUUCCAGAAGCUCAUGGAUCCAGCCGCAGGCCGCCCACCCAAUGCAACAUCAGAGAGUGGUUCGGGCAGAUUCGGAGAGCUUCCCAAGCUCUUCUGCCCUCUUCUCGAGUCCAUCACGACGACCGAAGUUCCUGGCGAGGAAAUCAAGCGCCUUGUUGCGGCGCGGCGCACCCUCGGAGUGCCCUUGAAGAAGAUCCUCAUGAGCGAAACAGAUCAUAUCUCGAAGAAGGAUGAAAAAUGGAUCAGAGCGCACGUCGAUGAGCUCGACUUUUUCGAGCCUUCUGACUCAGAGGAUGAGGAGCUAGAACUAGAGGUGUUGGAUGACGACGAUGAUGAUUCAGGUGACGAGAACGGCGACGACGGAGGAGAGGAGCCUUUCCCCAGUCCUUUUGCUCAGCACUUGGGACGGGGAAGACGAAGUGGUGGGCCGGAUCUAGAUUAA